AUGUCUUCCGUCAAAAAGAGAAUUAGACUUUUACCUCCUGAAAAGAGACAAAAAGUAUCCACUGCUUGUGAUUCAUGCAAGAAAAGAAAAUAUAGAUGUACAGGUCAAAAUCCUUGUGAAACAUGUGUCAGAAGAGGUUACGAAUGUAGUUACACUAUUGUCGAUAAGAGAUCUUUAAAAGCUGAAAGAAUCGCUAAAUUAAAGUUACAAAAACAAGGACAACUGAUUAAUAAUCAAGAAAUCAUUCAUAAUCAACAACAACAACAACAACAAUUCCAACAGUUCCCUCAUCAACCUUCAAAUGAACAAUUAUUAAUGUUUAACCAAGGUCAAAACUUGGAGAAUGUCAAUAAAUAUGACGACAAUUUAAGUCCAAAUACUAUAAUCAAUCAACAUCAACAACAUCAUCAUAUGUUAUCUCCUGAUGAUGCCCCAUCUUCAACAUCUUCUAUAUCAUCAGCUUCAACUAUUUCUCCUACUAAUAAUAUCGAUUCCCCUUCAAAUACAUAUAUUCCAAAAUCUUUACAACCUUUAUUAUCUUUCCCAUUAAAUCAUGCUGAAGAUGAUGAUGAUUCUGCUCCAACUUCAAAUGAUGGUGGUGUUUCUAAUCAAAAUGGUAAAUGUAUCAUUUUACUUAAUGAUAAAUCUGGUACUUUUAGAUUUAUGGGAGAAACUGCUCCAUUAUCUUUAUUAUAUGAAUCAAGAAAUGUAGUAAUUCAAUAUAUUGGAGCUGGCUCCAAUUUUACUGAAAAGUUACAAUGUUGUCCUGUCAUCGAUAGACCGGAUUUACCUCCUACAAGAAUGAUGGGCAAUCAAUUACCAAAAUAUGAAGAUGCUAGGAGUUAUAUUGAAUAUUUUAAAAGAAAUAUUAAUGAUUCAUUCUUUGUGUUCAAUAUGGAAGAUUUCAAUCGUGAUUAUUUUCAAAUGAUUUAUAAUCACGAUGAAUUGAUUCCUGAAGCUGAAAAGAAACAAAAAUUAAUCAUUUUCUAUCUUGUGGCAGCUAUUGGAUCUACUUAUAGUCAUUUCACUCAAUAUAUUAUUGAUUCCCCUCGUUCUCAAGCUUUAUUUGAAUAUGCUCUUUAUUUAUUACAAGAUACCAUUCAAGAUUCAGAAUUAUGGGUGGUUAUAACCAAUUAUUUGAUUUUCCAUUAUUAUCAAGCUGUUUUAAAGAAAUCUACAGCUUGGAUUCAUUUGAAUUUAGCUAUUAAAUUUGCUCAAUCCAUUGGUAUGCAUAGAACUUUUGUUAAUGAACAAUUCAAUUAUAAAUCUGAAGAUAGUGAAUACAAGAAGAAAUUAUUCAGAAGUCUUUAUGUGUCCGAUAGAAUGUCAUCAAUUUUUAUUGGUAGACCAUUAACUGUUAAUGAUUAUGAUUAUGAUGAUCCGAUUUUAACCACCAAUUAUAAUAAAUUACAAUCCAAUAAAUUACUUGAUUUUAAUUCUAAAUGUCAAAUUGAAUUAACUAGAAUAUGUCAUUUAGUGGGUAAGAUUGUGAUUAAUUUCUAUCAAGGUCGUAUUAUUGAUAUUAAUAAGACUAAGAAAUUAGCUAUUGAAUUAAAAUUAUGGUCUAUGAAUUUAGAUGAUCAAUUAUCUAUUAAUAAUAUCUUUAAGGCUCUGGAAUCAAUUUCUAAUAAUGCAAAUCAUCAAAAUACUCAUAUUCUUUUGUUAAUUCAUUUAAUGCAAUUAUGGGCUACAAUGUUAUUAAGUAGACCAUUCUUUAUGUUUGAAGCUGUUGAAAAAUUAAAUCCUAAUCGCCAAACAUCCACGGUUAAGAAUCGUAAGUUAUCUAUUCAAUUUUAUCAAGCUGCUGUUAAAGCCAGUAUCUUGGCUAUUAAGUUAGUCAAUUACUAUAUGAAUACUUCUUAUAAACAAGUGGUUCGUCGUGAAUGUUAUGCUCUUAUCACAUGUUGUUUCUAUGGAAGUUUAGUGUUAGGUAUUGGUGUGUUACAUGGUGGUUUCAAAGACGAUGAACAUUCCGAUAUUGAGAUGAUUGAUACUUUGAAAAUGGCUAGUAAUAUGUUACAUGAAUUCACUCCUACCAAUAAAGGAGCUGAAAGAUAUGAAGAUAUUGUCAAUGAUUUGAUUGAAGUCUUAUUGGUUAAUAAACAACGUCAAAAUUCAGACAUAACCAUAGUUAAUCAAGAAAUCAUUGGUAAACAAGUGGAUAAAGAAUUAGAAAAUUUAGAUUUCAGAGUCUUAAAUGAUUAUAACUUUAUUGAAGAUAGUAAUAACAAUUUGGAAUCAUUGAUUAAAUUCCAAAAGUUCUUUGUUAGUCCUGAAUUAUUACCCAUGGAUUUAAUCUCUCCAUCUUCAUCAGAUGAUUCAUCUGAUUUCAAUUUCUUAAACAAUGAUGGUUCCUCUACCACUAUGCCUCAUGAUUAUGGUAAUUAUGAGUUGUUAUAUGGUGAUAAAUAUUAG